AUGUCUCCUACAAACGCCGAGUACGCGCUCUCUCAGUCGCACAAGGAGAUGCUUGAGAAGUCUCUCCUCGACUCCGACCCUGAGGUCGCCUCCAUCAUGAAGGAUGAGAUCAAGCGUCAGCGCGAGUCCAUUAUCCUCAUCGCCUCCGAGAACAUCACCUCCCGCGCUGUCUUCGAUGCUCUUGGUUCCCCCAUGUCGAACAAGUAUUCUGAGGGUUACCCCGGUGCUCGUUACUAUGGUGGCAACCAGCACAUCGACCAGAUCGAGCGUCUUUGCCAGCAGCGUGCUCUUGAGGCUUUCCACCUCGACUCCGAGAAGUGGGGUGUCAACGUCCAGUGCCUUUCUGGAUCCCCUGCCAACCUUCAGGUCUACCAGGCUAUCAUGCCUGUCCACGGCCGUCUCAUGGGUCUCGACCUUCCCCACGGUGGCCAUCUAAGCCACGGUUACCAGACCCCUCAGAAGAAGAUCUCUGCUAUUUCUACCUACUUUGAGACCAUGCCUUACCGUGUCGACCUUGACACCGGCAUCAUUGACUAUGAUACUCUCCAGAAGAACGCCAUCCUUUUCCGCCCCAAGGUCCUUGUUGCCGGUACCUCUGCUUACUGUCGUCUCAUUGACUACGAGCGCAUGCGCAAGAUCGCCGACUCCGUUGGUGCCUACCUUGUUGUCGAUAUGGCUCACAUCUCCGGUCUCAUUGCUGCCGAAGUCAUCCCAACUCCCUUCAAGUACGCCGAUAUUGUUACAACCACUACCCACAAGUCUCUCCGUGGUCCCCGUGGUGCCAUGAUCUUCUUCCGCAAGGGUGUCCGCUCCGUCGAUGCCAAGACUGGCAAGGAGACUCUCUACGACCUCGAGAACCCUAUCAACUUCUCCGUCUUCCCCGGUCACCAGGGCGGCCCUCACAACCAUACCAUCACUGCUCUGGCUGUUGCCCUGAAGCAGGCUGCCAGCCCUGACUUCAAGUCCUACCAGGAGAAGGUUAUUUCUAACGCCAAGACCCUGGAGAACACUUUCAAGACUCUCGGCCACAAGCUCGUGUCUGACGGCACUGACAGCCACAUGGUCCUCGUCGACCUUCGCCAGCAUAACCUGGACGGUGCCCGUGUUGAGGCCGUCCUUGAGCAAAUCAACAUUGCUUGCAACAAGAACUCCAUCCCCGGUGACAAGUCCGCUCUCACCCCUUGCGGUAUCCGUAUUGGUACCCCCGCCAUGACUUCUCGUGGCUUCGGAGAGAAGGAGUUUGAGCGUGUCGGCAAGUACAUCGAUGAGGCCAUCAAGAUCUGCAAGGAGGAGCAGGCUGCUCUCCCCAAGGAGGCCAACAAGCUCAAGGACUUCAAGGCUCGCGUCGCCAGCGGUGAGGUCCAGAAGAUCAACGACCUCAAGAAGGAGAUUGCCUCUUGGUGCAACGAUUUCCCUCUCCCCGUUGAGGGCUGGCGUCUGGAUGCCGGCAUCUAA